AUGGAAAAUGCCAAUAUUUCGGGUAUUCCUCCUGGAGAACAAACCUGCGAACUCCUAGGGGAGUUUGGUGGCUUUGGGUGGUGGUUGCAGGUGAAUCUUGGCGGUGCGGGUUUACUGGCUGCUGCUUUUGAAGAAGAUGUUUGUGUUUGGUAUUGGAUCAACAUCGUUGUGGAUACAACAUUUGGUGUUUACGUUCAAUACAUUCUCCUUCGCGGUGCUCGUCGCCUUCUGAAGGGAGCACCUUGCUUGGAGUAUGGAUCUUAUGGAUCUCCUCCUCGUUAUGCUGCUUGUUUUGCCCAAUUGAUGUCUUGGCAAAUUUUUUGUCUUUUAAUGAAAAUUUCUGCAGGGGCAUUCAUGUUGGCUCUUCAAGGACCUCUAGUUUUUAUCGGCAGCGCUCUACUGGCUUCCUUGGACACCAAUCCAAAUGCAAAGCUGUUUGUCGUGAUGGUGGCUACGCCUCUUGUAAUGAACUCUCUGCAGUAUUGGCUGACUGACAGCUUUAUAAAGAAUCGAACUCCCCCAAGCCGAGAAAUACCGGUUUAUAAUGUUGUGCAGACAGCUGGAGAUCUUCCAGUUAGCAGCAGCUGCCGUCGGGAGACUUGA